AUGCACACUUUCAAGUUCAACCUCCAUUCUCUGUCGCUCGAGGAGAUCUGGGCGGCCAACUCUUUCUUGCCGUUCUUUGCGCUCAGCGCGGCCACUGCGCUGCUCCUCACUGGCUGGCGAAUCCGCGACAGGCGCAAGCGCACGCAUCUGCCACCCAGCCCUCCUUCCGACCCCAUCAUCGGGCACUAUCGCAUCUUCCCCAAGACGUACCAAGCCGAAGCGUUCUUUGAGUGGUCGAAGACGUACGGCGACAUCUUCUAUCUCGAGAUCCUUGGGCGCAAAAUUGUCAUAGUGAACAACUACGAGAUGGCGAACGAGCUCAUGGAUAAACGCAGCGCCAACUACAGCGACCGCCCCGUGUUCCCACUCUUCAUGAACCUUGGCUGGGGCGUGAGCGUCACCUUCCUGAAGUACGGCCCGCAGUUCUUCAAGCAGCGCCGCAUCCUGCAGCAAUACCUGGCCAAGCAGGAGGUCCCGCGCUUCCGGCCGAUCCACACCGACGAGGCGCACAAAAUGCUCAAGAACCUUCUCGACCGCCCCAAGGACUUCGACUGGCUUAUCCGCCGGUACGGCGCUGCGGUGAUAAUGAAGAUCGCCUACGGGCACCAGAUCGAGCGGGACGAUGACGAGUUCAUCAAGCUCACCGAGAACGUGUCGCUCGCGCACGUCGACGCUGGCGACCCCGGGACCGCGCCUGUGGAUUUCUUCCCGAGCCUGCAAUAUCUGCCCUGGUGGUUCCCGGGCUGCUGGUUCAACCGGGUGGUGCACAACUGGAGCUGGGCGAUCAAGAAGUUCCACGACUUUCCUUUUGAGCAGGUUCAGCGUCAGAUGAGUGAAGGCCAUGCGCCGCCGUCCUUCCUGUUGACGUACCUCGAAGAGUUCUCCAAGCCAGACUACAAAGGCGAGCACAGUCUGGAUGACCUCAAGCACGCCACGGGCGCCAUCUACGCCGGCGGAGCCGAGACGACGUACUCGACAAUCAACACGUUCAUCCUCGCGAUGGUCCUGCACCCGCACGUACUCAAGAAGGCGCAGGAGGAGCUCGACCGCGUCGUCGGUACCCAGCGCCUGCCCGACUUUGAUGACCGCGAGAGCCUGCCCUACAUCGAGGCGAUCUUCCAGGAAAUCCUCCGGUGGCGUCCGGUCGUGCCUCUCGGGAUCCCGCACAGCACGAUGCAGGACGACACGUUCAACGGCAUGUUCAUCCCCAAGGGCACGAUGGUCUUCGCGAACGCCUGGUCGAUGGCGAUGGACACCCGCGUGUACCACGACCCCGAGACGUUCAAGCCAGAGCGCUUCCUGCCAGGCCCGCACGGCGAUCCAGAGCAGUUCCCGUACGCGUCGUUCGGGUUCGGGCGCAGAAUAUGUCCAGGCCGCUUCUUGGCGAUGAACAGCGUCUGGAUGGCGAUCGCGUCCAUGUGCGCCGCGUUCGACAUCCGCAAGGCGGUCGGCCCUGACGGCAAGGAGAUCACGCCGAGCGGCGAGUACACCUCCGGCCUGUCGAGCUUCCCGAAGCCCUUCGCUGCGGACAUUAAGCCCCGGUCGGAGCAGGCAGCGCGCCUCGUUAUGAGUCUGUGCUGA